GGAGGCAUAUUCGCCGGUCAAGCGUAUCAAAAUAAUACCCAAUCGCGCACACUUUUCUCUGCCUCUUCUCCACUCUCAAAUCCGUCUCUCUCUCCCUUCACCGUCGAGCGUCGCCUGAGAUCUACGAAUUCCGAUCAGCAGCUAUGCAUUCGAGUCAUCUCCUUCUCGAGGAACCGAUCAGGAUGACCUCAAUCCUGGAGCCUUCCAAAUCAAGUUUCUUCCCGGCUUUGACUAAGAUUGUUGGGACUCUAGGUCCCAAGUCACGAUCCGUCGAGGUGAUUGCUGGUUGUCUCAAAGCUGGAAUGUCCGUGGCUCGAUUCGAUUUCUCGUGGUGUGAUGCAGACUAUCACCAAGAGACGUUGGAGAAUCUGAAGAUUGCUGUGAAGAGCACUAAGAAGCUUUGUGCUGUAU